AUGGAACCGCCAGAACUCGUUCGUUGGUCGCCUCCAGAAAACGAUAACACAAACGCUGAACUGUUUGACUUUGAACUCGGUGGCAAAGACGACAGCUUCGACCUUGAACAACAAGCACACGAAGUAAGAAAACGGGUGGUUGGAUUGCUACAGGAAAGAAAUAGGUUACUGGUAAGAAUAAGAGAGCUACAAUCGCGAAAUACUUGGUCAAAGGAAGGUGAUUCGUGCGAAGGAAUUGUCAGCCAGGACGAAUGGAUAAGAACACGGAUGAAAUCCGAGACCGGUUCGGACUCGAGUACUACCGAUGACAGGGGUAUAAGAAAAUUCUCUUCUUGUGGUUCAAACUACGGACAGGAAUACUGGCAAGGGCGAGGUGUUCGUCUUAGCCAAGAAAGCGGGGUCGAAGACAGCGACUCUACAGAUUUUGAGGCAUUUUCUGCUGAGGACCAAGACCUGAUUCACAGUCUACAGAAAGCCAAUCAACACCUUCACUCAGCUAUUGAACACCUUCAGCAAAUAAGUAAUUCCAAGGACAUAUAUGAAGAUACUUUUGAUGAUGUGAAUGAAGACACUUUAAUAAGAAGACAGCUGGGUGAACUUGUUACCGAAACCAAGCAGUAUGAAAAAGUACUGAGAAUCAAAGACCCUGAACUAUCAAAGCAACUUGAUGAAUAUUUAAAGAACUUCCUUUCAGAAGAGGAAAUACAACUGCUUGCUGAGACAGAGACCAACAUGAGCGAUGAAUUAAGUGCUGCAAGUAAAGAGUGUGGGGUACAAACUGAUGGACUUGAUUGCAACCUACCAAAUGGAGAAGUACCAAGUUCACAAGUUGUUGCAGAAUGUGUAAAAGAAGAAAGAAAAAAAACCACAACACUGGGAAAAGAAUGCAGUGACCUUAGGGAAAAGUUGAAAGAAGUAACAGCAGAAAAAAACAAGCUAGAAGAAGAAAAUCACCAGCUCCACGAACACUACGCCAAUCAAGAGGCUGCCUUGCAAAUACAAGUGGAGAAACUACAAGAAGAAGUCAAACAUUACCAGAACGUGAUCAUAGAGUUUCAGGCAUGCGAAGCAACCAGGAAAAGUGAGGUUGACCAGGUGCUUUUGCAGGCGCGGGAUGUCUUGGAGCGGGAACGACAAGAAAAAUACGCUUCUAUCUCAGAGCAAAAUGCGCUGAGAAGACAGAUCGAAAAUCUAUCGAAGACCAUGAAAUCAAUGCAGUUUAAGAACGAAGAACUCGUUCGAUUCCAGUACAACCAGGAAGACCAAGUUGACGAUUUCAAGCGGCUGAAAAAGUUGAUUCAAGACAAUGGGCUGCCGACGAUCGAGCAAGUGAUUGUGCUGCAAAGACAGAAUGAGUCGUACAGGGAGGAGCUUAUGAAUGAGCGCAAGGAGAAAGAGAGGCUGCUUUCAAUCAAGGACAAGCUCCGACGGGACCUGGACUCCACCCAGUCGCGUAUCUCAUCGCUACAAGAACAGGUGUACAAAUACCGGGAGCACAUCUACUUUCUGCAACAACGUGCUAAACAAGACAACCCGGGCAGUCCACUUAUCCCUACCCCAUCCUUUGAGCCCAUCCCACCUCCCUCCCCCACAUCUCUGGCCAACGCCUCCCGUCUCUAUGGCAACAACGCUCAACAGUACAUCAACGAGAGUCUGUUACAGAGUAACGCAGCAGCCGCAGCGUCACGCAAGUACCCGCUAAUGCCUUUCCCUGAGGGAAAAAAGGGGCCACCUGGGAAACAUGGAGGAGCGGACGUCAGUAGCAAGCAGUGGUCAAACUACAUGCCGCAGCAACAGAACGCCUACCAGGGCGGUGGCAAGUUUGGGCGACAGUUAUCGCUGGACGCGGGGGACUGGAAACAGCGCAGCAACCAAGGCCAAGUGUGGUCCACGGACAACUCGUUCAACCCGCAACCCACCCGUCAUAACUCGUCGAGUAGUUACUCGUCGAUGCGGUCUAGCUCGUCACUUGGCAGUGGCUCGUCCGAUGAGGGCCUGGACACAAAUCUCGAGAAACCUGGGCAGUAUGGGGUUGCUGGGCGAAGGCAGAACGGGAGGACUAGUGACGAGUUCAGACCCAUGCAAAACUACGGUCCCCCUGCAUCAACUUUCGAGGCUUGGCCGCGCCAGAGCGUCUCUAACAACCGCAUGCCAAAUCCGCGCAGUACCCGUCGCUAUCCCUCCCCCGUGGGGAACGGAAUGCGCUCUCCAUCAGACUUUUGGACACCUCAACAACAAGCCGUCGCUGUCCCCAAACCAUGGCAGACUCAGGUCGACCACACCCAAUAUGGCGGCGAGGCAAUACAAACUGGCAUGAGGCAGUCCGCGGACCCAUGGCAACAGUCCACUACGCUGGCCACAUCGCAGGCUCAAAGUGUCGCGGUCACUUCCGCCGGAAAUGAGACAAGCUCGUUUGGUGGUUUUGGGGGAGGCCAUUAAGAUAAGUGUGCGGUAGUCAGCUGAUAUAUUACGUAAUGCGAAUUAGUAUUAGACAUAUAAAUAGAAAUUAUUAGCUAUUUAACUGGUUCGAAUGAAUUUUGUACUGUGUACAUCAAAUAGAAGUAUAGUACCCAUCUUUUGUAUCUAUAGAUUGAAAUAUGAAUUAGAAUAGUUUAUAGUAGGCUUGCAUAUAAUAGUUUACAAUAUAUUGUUCAGUAUCUGGACUUACUUAGAGUAGAGUUAUGUCAAGAAUUAUGUGUGUAUCAAAAAAAAUAGCAGCCUAAUAGUAGCUGAAUAGUCUAAUGUAAAAAAAAACGCGCACUGUUAUUUUGUAGUUCUAUCAUUUUUAUAUCCCAUUGUUCAACUAUAUGUAUUGUGUUUUAGAAGAUAUCCUCGCCUGUAAUAAGUUUGAGGUUUAGCACUCAUCAUUUAGUCAAAUUCGCUUUGAGCGUUUUUUUCUCUCUCAGAAUACGCAGGUUUUGAGGAAUUCGUCUCACUUUGAGAUUGGUUGAGAGAUCGCACCUAGCGCUUUGCCGAAUUCGCCUUCGUUAUUAUGUGUGCACCAGGCUUAGGGUAAGUUUGGCAAAGGGAAGUGGAAUAAUAACGAGAGGAAGAGGAACGAAACGCGUAAUUAUGGGAAGAGAGACGGGAGAGUUGUUACUUAACAAUGAGUGAAUGAUGUCUUGUGUCGUGGAGAGAAGGGCAAGGGGGGUAGAGAUUGUUAUGUGAGCAAGUAUUAACAGUUGAUUGACGUAGUGGAAACUAUGAAAGGAAAAAAAGUGACAAUAAGAUGAACCCAGCUUUCUAUACUCAUUAAGUUGUCAACACUAAUUGACCGUUCUUGCCACUCACAAUUAGGGAAGUCAAAACUUGUAUAAUAGAAACGUUUAUACAUUUGUAUCACGAAGUAGAUUUAGAAUGUGUCCGUGUUCUAUAUUAAUCACCAGAUUUAUUUUUCUAUCAAAGAAUAUUUCUAUAGUAUCAAUCGAGUAAUAUUUAUGCAUCUGAUGCGCUAUUCCGUAUAUUUGUUGAGGUAUCUUAGGAAGAUAGUCUUAAUACUAUUUAAACAGUCGUCAGUGCAAAAAGGACUUUGUACGACUGUGUGAUUGAGUGAUAAAGAGAAAAUUACAGUGAUCAACAUUUAGAAAUAUAUUAGUAUCAGUAUUAUUUUUUGUUUCAUGUAGUUCUUUUCCAUUUGGAAUUACUAAUUCCGUUGCUACGCGUGCACCAAUAAAAUUUUUUGGACACCUCUUUCGCGCGCUUUUUUUCGCGCGCUUUUUCGCUGCCACCAAAAAAAAUUUUUUUCAUUAUUCUUUUUGUUGUAAGAAUCGAUUCUGGUUUAGUCUUUGCUGCAUGCACAGUAGUAGCUUCGGCAAUUAUCUUUUACCCUUUAACUAACUUCAAAAGGUAAAGGAAAUACGCGACUUACACUAACGGAUCCCGUGACUUUUUGAGUGGCAUAUUCAAGUCAAAAUAAACAAAGAAAUUACUGUGCCCAUCACGCCAGAGAAAGAAGAAAAAAUAAAAUCUUUUAAUAGAAUAAGUCCUUUCUGACAAAAAAAUAAGAAGUUAUUAGGUUGAUAGCCUGAGCGUGCGCGUGUUCGCAACCUAAAAAGUCACGUGAUCUGUUAGUGCAAAUCGCCUAUUGCCGCACUUAAUUUUAAUUUUUCUAUCUGUAGUUCCGAUUAUUUAUUGUUCUAGAUAAUUUAGUUCAAAAAAGGCAUAGCAUUUCUUCUAAGUAGCCCUGUAUCAAUGACGCAGGCAAACCUCGGGAAACAGUGUUUUCUACUAACAUGUAAAAGCGGCAUAAAAAUAUAAGAACCUGAAUGCUAUAUCGUCAAGUCAAUCUAAUGUUUAACCUAAAUGUAAUUGCAACUCAAAUGAUUUUGGACUUAAAUGACAGAGUAGCAUGUCCUUGAUAAUAUCCCAAAAGUUCCCCAAAGUUUUCUUGGGGUGGACAUCCCGAAAUUCGUCGCACUCCCGACGAGAUCGCUCUGCCAGUGUGCUCAUGAAUACCAAUAAUCAAAGAUGGCCGACAAAAGAAAUUGUUAAUUGUCAAAUAUGGAGAUGAUCCCCAAGAGAACUUUGGAGAACCUUUGGGAUGUUGUUUGGAAUGCUUGUCUUAUCAUUUAACAAUAAAAUUGUCUGUGUUGCAAUUGCUUUUAGGUUCGUAGAUUGCCUGGGCUAAGCGUUGAUGAAUGUUCUUACAAGUGAGGCGUUCCAUUGGUUCACGAAAAGCCAAUAAAACGAACAGUAUCAUUAGAUACAAAAAGGUUUAAGAAAAAAAUACUUGAUGUUUCUUAACAAUAUCUCAAAACGAUAUAUUCAGUUUUCAGUAGGUUUUACAAAAAUCGUAGCUAUUUUAUAUUUGCUAUUAGGGAUUUUCGAGAGAGAGAAAUUAUUGACUUUUUUCAGAUCUAGAAUUAUUUUAUUAUUCGAACAAUAUGAUUAUUGAUUAAUAUAUUCUCAUACUUUACUUUAAUGAACUCUGGUACUGUGUUGCAAGGAGGUAUCCAUAACCUUCGGACUAACAGUUUAGUUAUAGAUCACAAAAUAGUUUUUUUUGGGAGGGGUGAGUUCUCAAUGAUACAGGCUGGAGAUGAGAUAUGUCUUUAAGAUUUCCAUGUUUUGGAAUAUUUAUUUAAUCGAUAAGAUAACUUUGGCUGGUGAAAAGUGUGUUGCUUUGCUAUCCACGAAGGGGGUGCUUCCCCUCCUAAAGGAUUCAAAUAUUUUUAUAGUUCGACA